UCAUUCGCGCGUGUUGGAUUUUGUCAUUGCUGUUGCUUUGAAUUUUUACAAUGUCGCCGUAUGUUUACCUCGUGAUUCCGGUUGGCAUCGGUCUCGGUCUCUAUCUGUUGAGGAAAAUUCGAGAACUUCAAUGGGGCUGGGUUCGAAACCGGUACCCUUUGACGGGGCGAUUAUUCAUCAUAACCGGAAGUAACACCGGAUUGGGAUACGAAACGGCCAAAGCCUUGGUUUCCCGGGAGGCAACGGUGAUUAUGGCUUGUCGCGAUAUGGAAAAGGCCAACAACGCAAUCGAAAAUAUUCGAAAAAUCACCAAAAACGGAGAGUUGAUCCCCUUGCAGUUGGACCUGGCUUCGUUUGAUUCGACCCGAAAGUUUGCAGCGGAAAUAAAAGCGAAAUACCCAACGUUUGAUUGUUUGAUAAACAACGCUGGAUUAGGUAUCGAAACUCCACAAUACACUCAAGAGGGUUACGAAUUACACUGCGGAGUAAACCAUUUGGGACAUUUUUUGCUGUUUGAUCUGCUCAAAGAUAAUAUCAAGAACAGUAACGCCCGAGUUGUGGUGGUAUCUUCGAAACUACACGAGAUUCGCACGAAAAUUGACUUGGAAAAUUUCGGAAAGUGGGUCGAACGACCUCGCGGUGAACGCUUCAACCUGCUAUAUGGAAAUUCUAAGCUGAUGAACUUCUAUUUUACCCGAGAACUAUAUAAGAAUGGUUAUGAUGCGCACGUGCUCUGUCCUGGACUAUGCAAUACAGACUUCUUCAGAUAUUAUUUCCAGAGGAAGUGGUAUCAGUAUGUCCUCCUGGCACCGAUUGCCCUUGUUCUCGUGAGAUCAGCUGAACAGGGGGCUCAAAACAUUAUCCACUGUGCAACGGACAAUGUCAAUACGGAUGCAAAGAAUCCCUGUACCGGAUAUUACGUCAGCAGUUUGAAGAUGACUAAAUCGAAGGUCCAGUUUGACGAGGCGGUAUCGGAGCAAUUGUGGAAGGAAAGUGAACGGCAGGUGGCACUGCAUUCUCCGAAAUAGUUCACAAAAUAGUAUUCAGUUAGUAUUUUUGCAGUUU